AUGGCAACUCCAAUGAAACGAAUAUGCUGCCAGGCAGCGCGGGAAGCGUCAAAAUACCGAUCUUCCUCUACGACUCGCACGUUCCUUGCAGAGAGCAGACAAUGCCAGAACACGCCGUCCCGAACGUUCACAAGCACUUCGACCGCAGCAUUCCCCCGAAGGAGGGGUGCGCCUCAAAACAACCGCCGCCAAGAUGAAGAGUCUUUCUUCGAGAAAGAGCACGAAGAAGUGCUGGAGGAUGAGCCCGAAAUCGACGGCCUCAUUAACGAAUCCGAAAUCUCCUCCACGGGAUACGCAGAACUCGAGCAACACCGCGAACUUCGCGAGAUGGUCCGGCUUGCAGCAUGGGAAAUGCCGCUGCUGAGCUCCCUCUCGAAACCCUACGAACAGCCAGACCCAAGCCGACUGCCACUACGAUGGCGAUAUACGACAUACUUCGGCGAGUCGCAUCCUGCGAGCAGGAAGGUGGUUGUGGAGUACAAGAUAGCAGAUUUGGCGCACCAGGGCUUGAAGCAAAAGCAUUUGGAUAAGCUGCGGAAGUUGGUUGGCGCGAGAUAUAAUCCUGAGACGGAUGUGGUCAAGAUGAGCUGCGAGAGCUUGGAGACGCAGGCGCAGAACAAAAGGUUCUUGGGAGAUACCAUUGAGAAGUUGAUCGCUGAGGCGAAGGACCCCAAGGCGGAUACUUUUGAGGAUGUACCUUUGGAUACGAGGCACCACAAGUUCAAGCCGGUCUUCAGGUUCCCUGAGGAGUGGAAGUUGACGCAGGAGAGGAGGGUAGAACUUGAGGCGAGGCGGAGGACAUUACUGUUGGAGGAAGGUCAGCGUGUGGAGGAGAACAGAAUAGUGUCAGGUAUGGCGGCGAUUGAAGCCGAGAGGCAGUUAAGGUUGAAGCGAGUCGAGGAGCCAGUCAUGGUGGAGGCGAGGCAGCCAUUGGCAAGAGGCAAGCAAGGUCGGAAGGAGAUGGGGCAGACAGCGGGUGCACAGAGAUAUUGA